AUCCAAUUAUAUGAUAAGCACCAAAAGCUCUCUCUCUCUCUCUCUCACAAGAUUUUCUUCAACUCACAUUCUGUCUCUCUAGGCUCUAAUACCUAUUUUAUUAUUAUUUUUUAUAUAUAUAAAUAAUAAAAUUAAAUAAUUAUUAAAAAUUUGUAAGAGAGCACACUGUUUCUGACAAGGACAAUUCCCUCACCGCGGCUUUAUCUACAGAUCGAGAACAGAGCAGUUCAUUCCUUCCAACGCGUGAAAAAUAAACCAAAAAGAUCAUUUUUUUUUUCAUUUUCAACACAAACCCACCUCUCAUUACACCACCAUCUUCUCAAAUCUUCAUCUGGGUCAUCGAGUUUCGGCCACCAUUGAUUGAUUUUCAGAGCUUCUUCCCCCUCUGGUUUUUGUUUUUUUUCUUUUCUUCCCCCAUAAAUUAGCUUCACUACUCUGCUCUUUCUGACAGAGCUUUAUUUUUUGUUUGAGUUGGUUUUGAUUUUGGUUUUUUUAAUAAAUUUUCUGGCUUUUGUUGGUGGGUGGCCUCCGAGUGAUGUUCUCUGCCUCCGAAUGAAGGCACAUGGCAGAUAUUUUAUAGCUUUUUUUAUAGCGUGAUUUUGGGGAUGGGUCUGUGUUGUAAGUCUUGCCAUGUGUACAAACCUCACAACAUAUAUAUUUUCUUUCUCUACAUCUAGCUCAAAUCUCUCUCUCUCUCUCUCUCUCUCUCUCUCUCUCUCUCUCUUCUGUCCUAAAACAUAGUAGUGUUUGUUUUAUUUUUUGAAUAAAAAUUGGAACUUGGGUAAGAAUUUGAGUUUACUUGAAAAAGGGUAUGGUUUGUUAAGUACUGGUUGGCUUGGUUUGGUUUGGGUUUAGCACAGAGAAAAGUAUGGGAUCUGGUAAUGGGGUUUACUCGGUUGACGAGUUUAGUUUAGAUGCCAAGUGGUUGAUCGAUCCAAAACAUCUUUUUGUUGGACCGAGGAUUGGGGAAGGUGCACACGCCAAAGUGUACGAAGGAAAAUAUAAGAAUCAGACUGUUGCUGUUAAAAUUGUUCAUAGAGGAGAUACACCAGAAGAAAUUGCCAAGAGAGAAGGGAGGUUUGCAAGAGAGGUUGCAAUGUUGUCUAAAGUUCAGCACAAAAAUUUAGUGAAGUUUAUUGGAGCUUGCAAGGAACCUGUCAUGGUCAUAGUGACAGAGCUUCUGUUAGGUGGGACAUUGCGGAAAUACUUGUUUAAUAUGCGGCCAAGAUGCUUGGAUACGCGUGUGGCAGUCGGGUUUGCGCUUGAUAUUGCUCGUGCAAUGGAAUGCUUGCACUCUCAUGGGAUCAUUCACCGUGACCUCAAACCCGAGAACUUGAUUUUGACUGCAGACCAUAAAACGGUUAAACUCGCCGACUUUGGCUUAGCUAGAGAAGAGACACUCACAGAGAUGAUGACUGCUGAAACUGGGACUUAUCGGUGGAUGGCACCAGAGCUUUACAGCACGGUCACAUUAAGGCAUGGCGAGAAGAAGCAUUACAAUCACAAGGUGGAUGCAUACAGCUUUGCCAUUGUUUUAUGGGAGCUCGUCCAUAAUAAGUUGCCUUUUGAAGGCAUGUCGAAUCUACAAGCUGCAUAUGCUGCAGCCUUCAAGAAUGUGAGGCCAAGUGCUGAGAACCUCCCUGAGGAUUUAGCAUUGAUUGUAACUUCAUGUUGGAAAGAAGAUCCAAAUGACAGACCCAACUUCAGCCAAAUUAUACAAAUGCUCCUGCACUAUCUCUCGACGAUAUCACCUGCAGAGCCGGUAAUUCCAUUGCGGAUUUUCAGAUCAGAGAAUGCUGUACUGCCACCAGAGUCACCGGGUACCAGUUCGUUAAUGGCGGUUAGAGAAGAAGCAGGAGACACACCGAAAACCAACACAGAAGAAGAAAAGCCUAAAGGCCUCUUCUUCUGCUUUAACCAGUGUUACUAAAUCCUCAAAAAGGGCCACAAUUACAACCUCCUGAGACAUUUAAAAAAGAAAAGCAAAAAAGGAAAAAAAAAAACUAUUAGGAAAACAUAAUAAACAAACAAUACCCUCUGUAAAAAUUGAACAAGAUGUUACUUUGAAUUAGUCAUUUGAGAAACCACAAGAAGAAAAAAGCUGCCUUUUGUCUGAUUUUACUGUCAAAAUUUAUGUAGCUCUCUCACUCUCUCAUUCUCUUUUAAUCACAUUAGCCUAUAGUUUUAAAAGUCAUGGAGUUGGGUUUGCUGUGAUGUAAUUAAAUUGUAAAAUAAAGGUUCAUCCAAAAGCCUUUACUCUAUUAACAACUUACAACUUCUUUACUUGAAUGAAAGAAAAAAAAAGGAAAAACAUUUGGGGUUUGGUUUAAUCA